CCCCACCCGGCUGCUGCGCUGCAGCCCGCACCUGCCCUUGCUGGUCCGCAUCCCCGGCCCUGCGGCCGCAGUGUGUGCACUCCUUGCACACCGGUCCGGGGCCACUCCAGCGCUCACCUCUCCCGCCUUUGGCGUUGAGUGCUCACCCUCCUCUGCCCAACCCUUGCUAACUUCUGGGAGUUCACCGGCUCUGGGCCCACCACCUAGAAAUGCUUCUGGGUCACCGCUCUCUAUCCUUGUCCCCAAGCACGCAUUACUUGCAGCGCUGCUAGCUGGUAGCCUGACCCUUUGCGGGCACCUUUUAUUUCCUGAAGCCCACCUCGUCCCUGGAGAAGACGGGAGCACUACGCUCCAGGUGCAGAGCCCGGAUUUGGAGAAGUCCCGUCCCUCUCCCCGAGACCAAUCUUCCUCCAGUCCCUUGAGCUUAACCCAUUCCUCUCCAAGGUGUGCUGCGCUAGAUGGGCGCCCGGAGAGCACACUCCUGCGGAGGGCUUUUCCAGGGGAGAUCCUCUAGCCGCUCGAUGGGGAGUCACAGAAGACCGCCUGUGUGUGUCAGAUCCCCACCUCUCUGUAGCAAGAGAAGUGACUACAGCGCCUUCACAGUCAUGAUGAUGAAACUGGUAUUAACUGAGUGGCCCUUAUGGAUUUUUAACUCUAACUCACAGUGAGCCAGCAAGCCAUAUGUUUACACUUCAACCAAAAACCCUUCUGUGUUGCUGCACUUCUUGUGUGAGAAGUUGAGACGCCUGUUGGUGCAGAGUGGAAUACAAGAGUUACUUGCCGUGGAAUGUACCUGCAGCAGAGCGAGAAGACGUCUUAGUUUAUCAUUGGAGAGAGAUGAUAGUAUUAUUUAUAUAGGUAGAAUAAAUAUAUAUAUAUAUAUUUUGGUGGUAAUGAAAAUGGCUCCGCAGAAUGCCGACUCGGAAUCUAUGCAAGUACAAGAGCUGCCUGUGCCCCUGCCAGAUCCUCAGAAACCCAGAGACCCAGCGGCCGAGACCCAAGAGGAAACCACAAGUGAGGCGUCCAUAGACAGAAUCCCCACACGCCUAUGGGUCAUGCAUGGGGCAGUGAUGUUUGGCAGGGAAUUUUGUUACGCCAUGGAGACAGCACUGGUUACACCUAUACUGUUACAGAUAGGCCUCCCUGAGAAGUACUACAGCCUCACCUGGUUCCUGAGCCCUGUUCUUGGCCUCAUCUUCACACCGCUUAUUGGCUCUGCAAGUGACCGCUGUACCCUGAGCUGGGGCCGCCGGCGGCCCUUCAUCCUUGUGCUGUGUGUGGGGGUCCUCAUUGGUGUUGCACUUUUCCUCAACGGCUCCGCUAUAGGUCUGGCGCUUGGCGAUGUUCCCAGCCGGCAGCCCAUUGGCAUUGUCCUCACGGUGCUGGGAGUGGUGGUCCUGGAUUUCAGUGCCGAUGCAACUGAGGGGCCCAUUCGUGCCUACCUGCUGGAUGUGGUAGACAGUGAGGAGCAAGACAUGGCCCUCAACAUACACGCCUUCUCUGCUGGCCUCGGUGGGGCCAUUGGCUACGUGCUGGGCGGGUUGGACUGGACGCAGACCUUCCUAGGGGACUGGUUCCAGACGCAGAACCAGGUGCUGUUCUUCUUCGCCGCGGUCAUCUUCUCGGUGUCGGUGGCUCUGCAUCUCGUCAGCAUCGAGGAGGAGCAGUACAACCCACAGCAGGACCGCGGGCCUGAGGACGCCGCCCUGCCCAGCACCAGUCUCCAGCCUGGCGCCCCAGCCCCCACCCCCCGCCUCAGCUCCCUCGGUGGGGGCAUGCAGGAUGGCAGCCCCCCAUUUCCAGAUGAGGUGCAGUCGGAGCACGAGCUGUCCUUGGACUACCUCGAUGUGGACAUCGUGCGCAGCAAGAGCGACUCAGUGCUGCACAUGGCUGACUCCACACUGGACAUGGAGCCUCAGCUGCUCUUCCUGCAUGACAUCGAGCCCUCCAUCUUCCAAGAUGCUUCCUACCCCAGCACCCCCCAGAGCACCAGCCAAGAGCUCCUGAGGGCCAAGCUGCCCCGCCUGUCCACGUUCCUCAGGGAGUCCACCAAGGAGGACGACACUUUGCUUGAUAAUCACUUGAAUGAAGCUAAAGUCCCAAAUGGGAGAGGCUCCCCACCAAUGAACCCCCUCAGCCACUCUAAGGUAGACUUGAAGCCCUCAGUCACAUCUAGUUCCAUGCGGCGGCGUAGGCACAUGUUUCACAGGCAGUCUUCCAGCACCUUCUCCUACUACGGCAAGAUUGGGUCCCACUGCUACCGCUACCGCCGGGCCAACGCCGUGGUCCUCAUCAAGCCGUCCCGGAGCAUGAGCGACCUGUAUGAUCUGCAGCAGCGGCAGCGCUCCCGGCACCGCAACCAGAGUGGGGCCACCGCCUCCAGCGGGGACACGGAGAGCGAGGAGGGUGAGACAGAGACCACCGUGCGCCUGCUGUGGCUGUCCAUGCUGAAGAUGCCCAAGGAGCUGAUGUGGCUCUGCCUCUGCCACCUCCUGACUUGGUUCUCUGUCAUCGCAGAGGCUGUCUUCUAUACUGACUUCAUGGGCCAGGUCAUCUUCAAAGGGAACCCCCAGGCCCCCUCCAACUCCACCAAGUGGCACGCCUACAACGCUGGCGUGAAGAUGGGCUGCUGGGGCCUGGUCAUCUACGCUGCUACUGGUGCUAUCUGCUCAGCCCUGCUACAGAAGUACCUGGACAACUAUGACCUGAGCAUCAGAAUCAUCUACAUGUUGGGGACACUGGGCUUCUCUGUGGGCACCGCUGUGAUGGCCAUGUUUCCCAACGUCUAUGUGGCCAUGGUCACCAUCAGCACCAUGGGCGUCGUCUCCAUGAGCAUCUCCUACUGCCCCUACGCCCUCCUAGGGCACUACCAUGACAUCAAGGAGUACGUCCACCACAGUCCGGGGAAUUCCAAGCGUGGAUUUGGCAUUGACUGCGCCAUCCUCUCCUGUCAGGUCUACAUCUCCCAGAUCCUGGUUGCAUCUGCCCUUGGGGGCGUGGUCGACGCUGUGAAUACUAUUGUUGUCAUCCCCAUAGUGGCCUCUGUGGGCUCGUUCCUGGGCUUUCUGACAGCCACAUUCCUGGUCAUCUACCCCGAGGUGUCAGAAGAACCUAAGGAGGAACAGAAAGGCCUGUCCUCAGGGGCCGCUGGUGAAGGCGAGAGUGGGGUGGGCACUGAAAAGCCCACUGUCCUGAAGCUGUCUCGGAAGGGCGGCCUUCGGGGGCUGAUGGAGACGGAGUCCAUGGUGUGAGCCCCAGCUGGUACAUUCCACACUGGAGGGCAGGGUGCACUGGGGGUUAGGCUUGCGAGCUGGAGUUCCUUCCCAGAGCACAGUCCAAGGUCAGUAGGUGUUAGGUGUAGGGUAGGUUUGAGCUAUUAGACAAAAAUAUCACACUAAUUACCUUUCCCACAAUUAAAAAAAUCAUUUGAAAUCUUUUUUUUAUUGAAAAAGAACUUAAUUUCAGCUGUCUUUUAUUCUGCAGGUAUAUCAUUCUGCAUGUUUUAAAUUGUGAAAUAUUCACACAUAGUCAGUAAGCAAUUUAGAAAAUGUAAGGGUCUGCAUUUCUAAACCAGUACCUGGAAGUGCAG